GGGACCCGCCGGGGCAGGGAACAGUGGCCGUGGGCUGGGAGGGAGGCGCCCGCCGGCGUGGGAUCUCACGGCGUGGACUAGCGAUCCCCGGACUGGCUCCGUGCCCCGGGAUGGGGAUGGUCCUAAUCCCACGGGUCUCACCACCCGGAGGAAGGAUGGAGGGUCCAGCGUGGCCCUGCGGCACUGAGCCCCGGCCUGGGGAUCCUGGCCCCUCAGCCGGCCCCCAGCGCACCCCACUCCCCGCAGCCCGGGUGGGCGUGGGGCUGAGAGCCUCUGCCCUGCUUGGUCCCGCUGGGCGUGAAUUAUUUAUGACUUGUCACAGCCCGUCCCCUCUCCCCCAGCACCGCCGUCUGUCUCCUCUUCCCCGCCGCUUCCCAGCGCGGUGCCACUGUUGGCAGCUGGGCCCUUGGAGCAUCAGGUGGCCUCUCUGUCCUCUUUUCCCCCCAGAUCGCCAUAAUGGGCACUCAGUGCAUGGGGCGGCGAGCUCAGGUUUCCUCUUGUGCAGCUGGUGGCUCAUCCGGAGCUCAACAUCCAGGACCUGCCAUCCCCAGGGAGUGCAACCAGCUAUGGUCUCAGCAGCUUGACUCACCCUCGGCCAGCCCCAGUGUCUCCCAGUUUGUGCUGGGCAGGGACCAGUCUUGGGAAUGCCCUAGCAGGGCACUGCAUCCAUCUGCUCCCCUGAAUGACCCUGCCUGCAGGAAGGGAAACAUAUUGCCCCUCAAAAUGGUCUUUAUCUCCUUUCUGCCCCACCCAUCCGUGAGCAAGAGGAGCCAGAGUAAUGGGGUGUGGGAGAUGCAGGAAAACCCAGCACUGAUGGCAAGGACCAGCAGACCUUCACUGGGUGAGCUCUCUGGUGGGAGAGGGGCCCCAGCAACCCACCCAGGGCUGGUGGGUAACAGGGGACACUGGUCUUCAUGUCCUGUGUCCCUGCUCUGGACAAAGCCCUGGAACAGCAUCUUGGGUUUCCAAAUGCAGCCCUGUCUCUAAGCAGUCACCUCUGUCACCUGCUCAGCUGCUGCUUCCCUGGUGAUGGUGGAGAGACCUCUAAUCUGUCCUGGAUCGAUGCUUUGAUGGGAGGGAGCCCCAGUGACCUGCCCGAGGCAGUGAGCACAGGCUGGCAGAAAGGAGAAGUCCCAGUGCUGGGGGCCCUGGCUUGUUAGCACAUGUCCUUCCUGGGACUCCUUUGACAAGGAACUCCCCAAAGGGUGUGUGGUGACCCCAGUGCUGUGGCCCCUCCAGGCUGUCGGGGACAGGGAGUGCAGGGGUGGAGGGAGCGAGGCGGUGGCUGGCGGGUGGUCACCACAUUUCUGUGGGCAAAUAAUCCCUUAAGAGAGAUUACCCAGAUCGGAAGAUUACUGGCCCUAAUCCCAUAAGGUCAUUUGCUCCAGUAAACUGAGGAGAUCUCCUCUGCCUGCGGAGGCAGCGUUGGCUGAAGUACGGCGGGUUCAGGGCAGCGGUGGGAGCUGGUGCACACACGGGCACCACGGGCUGGGAGUGAUCCACACUCACAUCAAUCAGAAAAUGCAACGGGAUUGGGGCUGGAUGCCAAUGCUGGAAAAUGCUCCUAUGUUGGUAGGGGCAGCUGGCUGGAGAUCUGCAGGCUGGGUCAGGGACCAGUUUCUUCUAUCCACCCUCUCAGGGCUGGCUCCCUUGGAGUCCCAGCAGGAGAGGGCAGUGGGGCAGGUUGCAGAGUGGGAUGCAGGACAUGGGACAGGUAUAUGGGAUGAAGGAUGUAGGACGUGGGUCUGCUCCUUUCCUGCAGCCUCACCCCACAGCAUCCACCAUGGAGUAACUGGCUUCAGCUUUCUGCUGGGUGUGACGGCAGCACUUGAUCCUUGUUGCUUUGAUGGGAUCAAGAGAAGAGCUCCUGAUUCCCAUGACACGUGCUGGGAUCCUAACUGGAGGUGGAGCUACAUUCACCUCCCAGGGGAUACAGUUUCCAGGCAGGUGACAAAAGGCUCCCUGGGCAGUGAAAGCCCAUCCGUCUGUCUUGCUGCACGUGCACGGACACAGCCUCUUGAGGCUGGGGUUCGGCUGCAGGGCUGGGAGCUGGAUGUGGUGCUUGGGUAGUGUGGCCUGACUGGGUGGUGGCUGUCCCCUUCAGCAGCUGCAGACCUUCUCCCACCACCUCCCCAGCAGCCCUCGUACUGCCCAGGAAAGCUGGGAAGAGGGAGAGCUUUCUGAGUUUGGGCCAGAGAGAUGGGAUGGGGAUGGGAAUGGGAUGAGAUGGAGGUGGGGAUGAGGGUGGGAACAGGCUGACUGUGUCCUGGCAGAAGCAUAAGGAAGCACAGUGACUCUGGGGUUGCCAAUGACAGUGCAAUGAAGGCAGGGUUUUGCUGGGAAUGCUGAGCUGCAGGGAGGGGUAGGAACUGCUCUCCCUGGAAAGGUGGGGCCCAGCUCAGCACAGGCAUGGGGGAAGCUGCAGCUGAGGGAUUGCAGAGCCACGGACAUUUGGAAAACAUUUCCAGGGCAGCAAGCAGCGGCUGGUGCUGUGUGCUGUGGCCUCUCCCCAGCCAAGCUCUGAGCCAGCCACCAAUCAUUAUGGAUUUCUCCUCCUGGAGCCAGCGCCAGGGGCAGACCUUCUGCUUGGAAGCUGGACUCAGAUCGGGACCAGAGGUCCAUUUGGACCAGUUCCCCUGGGAACUGGACAGCCAGAGGAAGCAGCCACCCGCCCACUGCCGGGGUCUGCUUUGCUUUGCUGUGUGUUUUGUGGAAAGAGCAGGUUUGGUUUCAUCAUGUUCCUUUUUCUUCCUUGCAGCCCUUUUCUGUAUGCAGCCAGAAACCCUCCCUGCCUGCUGGCAGCUGCACAGGAAGCUUCAGGGAUGUUUAUAGGGUUUUUUUUUUCUCUCUUUUCAUGUGGCUGCUGGGGCCUGUUGUUAAGAUAAAUCAGACUUCAAACCACGGUCUCCAUGUUUUCAGGCUGUGGAUCUUUAACUGCUGUUUCAGAGGGGGUGUUUCAGGUUCAGGGAAGAAAGGUGGGUCUGUCUCUCCCUGAUUUCCAGAUCCUCUCUCCCUGAUUUCCAGAUCCCCUCUCCCUGGCACUGUGCCACCAUCACAGCAACAUGGGCUCUGCUCCAUCACCCAGGCAAGACAGAGUCCCCAGGGACUGAUCCCAAAGAAGUCUGGGGUGGCCAGGCAUUGGCAGGGGCUCUGGCCAGCAGAACCCAUCCUUGUCAGGGGCCUUGCCCUGUCUGGUAGCUGAUGAAAAGCUCCUUUCUUCAGGCUCUGGGAUGCUGGGAGCAUCCCCUCCCCCAGGCAGGCAUUUGUGGAGGGGAUCUGUCAGGAGCAUCUCAAGGUGAGGUGUUUCAGUCACAUUACCCAUGGUAAUACAUGCAGCACAGGGAGAGCCUCGCCGAGGCUGCUCCCUUGUACUGAGUAACACCUUCACCACACUGGAAUGUGCCCCAGGAGCCCAGACUCACCACACCCCUCUUUGUGCUGAUCCCCCUUGCUGCCCUGCAAGGCAGAAUUUGGAAGCUGGCUGUGUUUCCCCGAUCAAACGUGACUCCCCUUGCUGUGUGCUGUGGUGUGCUGACUGUGGGCCAGGCUCCAGCCACGCGUGGGGCUCCUCUCCAGGCAGAUAAAUGGGGCUGAACCUUGGGGACUGAGCCUCAGCGAGCCAGAGCCCGUCUCCAUGGGCUGGGGGCUGGAGCUGCCUUCAGAAGGCAGCUGCCUGCAUGCAGUCACCCUCCCUGGAGACCCACCACAAAGGAGAGAAAGCCCUUUCCCUCCCAGCAGUGCCAGGGAUGCCGGCACAGUGCUGUUCCUUGUGCAAGCACGUGUCCUUGGGGGGGUACAGCCCUUCGCUCUGCCAGACACGUUGUGUCCAAACCCUGAUGGGCAGCAAGGGGGGGAGAGGUGGUGGGGCAGCAUUGGAGCACUCAUGCACCCAAACCCCAGUGCCCCGGGUCCACCCGGACCUUGGCACUUUGCCCUUGGGGGUGUCCCCAAGGCUGGGGAAUAACGUGUAACUCUUCCAGCAGUUUCAUUUCAGGAACAACAAAAGCCUGCUACCAAACCCCAUCUUUGGUUUUUUUGAAGGGGAUACACCUUUGAGCAAGCUGGUCUAGUGGAAGGUGAUCCUGCCCAUGGCAGGCAGUUGGAAUGAGAUGAGCUCUGAGGUCCCUUCCAACCCAAACCAUUCCAUGAUUCUAUGACUCUCUCUCCAAAGCAGGGCUCAGGUCCAGCCCAGCCAGCCCCUGCUGGGACUCCCCUGCCUCAGGCAUGACCCUGGUGGUCUGUGGCCCUGACCCAGCCCUGGAGGAGUAGAGGCACCCACCCCUCCACCCACAGAGACCUUGGGAGGUUCAUCCCACCCUGGCCCACUCCAGGGCUGGUCCCACGGGCAGGCUGAGCCUUGGUGACCAGGGGAGCCCGGGGCCACCCAGCAGCUGCCCGGGGAGCUCCGAUCCUCGUUGGGCCGGGGAGGGGAUGGUCUGACAGCUCGGCCGCUGCCCCGGGGGGUUCCACCGGCUCCGGGGUGGGGUGCAGGGGGGUCCCCGCUGGCACCGCGCGGUGCUCGGCGGGUCCGCGCGGCUCUUCCCGGCGGGGACCCGGGUGGGUCGGUGCCGCUCGGGGGAGGGGCCGGUCGCCCUUCCCAGCGCGGGGCGGCGCCCACCGGCACCGAGUGCUCCCCCGGGACCCCGCGGCGCCGGCGGGCGGGGCGGCCGCCCCUUCCGGGGGGGGGUGGCGGGGAGCGGCGGGACCCGCCGCGGGCUCCCGGCGCCGGCCGGGGGGGGAGCCGGUGUCGGCGGCGGGCGCGGGGCGAGGCCGGCGGGGGCGGGCGCUGCCGGGGCGGGCUCCAUCCCUCCGGAAGUCUCUCCCGCUCCCUCCUUUCUCCUCCUUUCCCCCGACAACAUGGCCGCGAAGUCGGACGGCGGCGGCGGCGGCCCGGCCGUGCUGCUGGAGAGCCCCGAGGACGGCGGCGAGCGGCGGGCGGCGGGCGCGGCGCCCCCGGCGCGGCGGUACCGGCUGCGGGACGGGUGCUGGGUGUUCUGCGCGCUGCUCGUCUGCUUCGCGGACGGCGCCUCGGACCUGUGGCUGGCGGCCCAUUACUACGUGCGGGGGCAGCGGUGGUGGUUCGGGCUGACGCUGCUGUUCGUGCUGCUGCCCUCGCUCGUGGUGCAGAUGCUCAGCCUCAGGUGGUUCGUCUACGACUUCGCCGUCAGCACCAAGGACAGCGGCGCCGGCACCAAGGACAGCGGCCCCCGCGGCUGCUGCCGCCUCUGCGUCUGGCUGCUGCAGGGCCUGAUCCACCUGCUGCAGCUGGGGCAGGUCUGGAGGUACCUCCGCACGCUGUACCUGGGGCUGCAGAGCCGGUGGCAGGCCGAGCACCGCCGUCGCCACUACUACUGGCGGAUGAUGUUCGAGAGCGCGGACAUCAGCAUGCUGAGGCUGCUGGAGGCCUUCCUCAAGAGCGCACCCCAGCUUGUGCUGCAGCUCAGCAUCAUGGUGCAGCAGAAGAGCAUCGAGCCGCUGCAGGGGCUUUCGGCCUCGGCCUCGCUGGUCUCACUGGCCUGGAUGAUCGCGUCCUACCAGAAGGUGCUGCGGGACUCGCGGGAGGACAAGAUGCCCAUGUCCUACAAGGGUGCCGUGGUGCAGAUCCUCUGGCACCUCUUCACUAUCGCCGCCCGUGCCAUCGCCUUUGCCCUCUUCGCCUCCGUAUUCCAGCUCUACUUCGGCAUCUUCAUAGUCACCCACUGGUGCAUCAUGACCUUCUGGAUCAUCCAGGGCGAGACGGAUUUCUGCAUGUCCAAGUGGGAGGAGAUCAUCUACAACAUGGUGGUGGGCAUCAUCUACAUCUUCUGCUGGUUCAACGUCAAGGAGGGACGGAGCCGCUACCGCAUGUGCAUCUACUACAUCAUCACGCUGUCAGAGAACGCCGCCCUCACCAUCCUCUGGUUCCUCUACUAUGACCGCGAGACCAUCUCCGACUUCGACGCCUUAAUCCUCGUCUGCGUGGUCAGCUCCAGCUUCGCCCUCGGCAUCUUCUUCAUGUUCAUCUACUACUGCCUCUUGCACCCCAACGGCCCCAUAUUCCGCCACCGCAACGUGGGCUGCAUCUUCCGGCAGGAGCCGCCUCCAGUGCCGGGGUCCCCCACGGACGCCGUCACCAGCCCCCCACGCUCGCUGCCGCGGACUACAGGGGGGGAGCGGGAAGGGGCGCCGGGGGAGCGGGACAGUUGCGUGCCCGUCUUCCAGGUGAGACCCCGCACCCUGCCGGCAGCGGCCGCCCGCGCCCCGCGGACAGAGAGGCCCGUCAUCCGCAUUGACCUGCCCAGGAAGAAGUACCCGGCCUGGGAUGCCCACUUCAUCGACCGGCGCCUGAGGAAGACCAUCUUGGCGCUGGAGUACGCGUCACCCAUCACCCCUACCCUGCAGUACCGCACCCCCGGUGCCCCCCAGGAGCUGCUGGAGUAUGAGACCACCGUGUAGGGUGGUAGGGCACGGGGCUUUGGCGGGACCCCUGGUGCCACCCUGGCCAGCCUGCGUCUCCGCAGCCGUUUGCCUUCCGUUGGGUUUGCUGGCUCUGCCGUGUCGCCGUGCCGAGCGCCCCGCGGGCGGUGGCCGGGGAGGUCUCUUGGUGCUAUCCCCCCUCUCGCGCCGCCUCCUGCAGCCCAGACCCCCAUCCCGCCUGACGGCGCCUGCCCCAGCACCCCCCAGGGCUCAUCCUUGCCAAAAUACCUCACCGGUGCCUGAGCCCCAGGCAGUGGGUGCUGUGGCCCGUGUCAGUGGUGCAGGAUGGGGACUGGGGGCACCCUGAGCUGGGGGCACGGUGGGGCACAGUGGGGCGUGGUGGGCAGCACAUGGGGACACUGGUGCCUGUGCCAUGGCAGAGCCAUGGGGCUGGGACGUGGCUGCACUGGGGUGUGCAUGGGGCUUGUCACCCACAGGAAGCUGGGACAGGGACAACUGCGGUCUGUCCAGCCCUCCCAAUGUCUCACAAUUCCCCCACACCCUGCAGCACCAACCCUUGGGGAGCCCCUUCAUCUCCAUCCUCAGUUCCCCCUGGCUCAGGGUUGAGCCAUGUUCCCAACCCCACUGUCCUGUGGGGCACAGACCCUGGCCUGGGGUGGGCACGAACCCUGCCCCCCUGGUUCUGAGCUGGCAUCCCAGCUGUGGCUGGGAUAGCUAUGCCUCAUCCUCCCCACCAUUCCCACAGGAACUUCUUCAUCUCAUCGGGUUUGUUUUCACCUGGUGAUGUUUUGUGUGACAUUUUCUACCUCCGCUGGGGCCGGGGGUUGCAGGGCCUGGCUGGCACUGCUGAGGAGUGUGUGUGGGGCCGCUGGCGUUCCCUGGGUUCCCUAAAGUGGGAUUCACACCCAGCCGUUCUCCUCUCUCGGGUUUGGCAUCACUUCCCACCCGGGAGCUUUUCCAUUUACUCCCCCAUCGGCAUCAGCCCCCUCCAGAGCCUCAGUGUAAACCUGAGCUGGGAUCCUCCCUCCCCUGGCCUCACCCCGUGUCCACCCAGCCUCCUCCCUGUCCCCGCCUUGCCUGCCCCUGCCUGCUCCUGCCUCCCCAGAGGAGUGGGACUGCCCUGGGCUCUGGGUUUGAAUGUGUCCCUGGCCCUGCCCGGAUCCGUCAGCCCCCACCGAGGGGCUGUGCUGAAUGUACCCUGUGCCCCGCCCCGGGCCAGGACUGUCCCAGUGGGAUGUGUGUGUGUGUCUCUGUGUGUCUGUGUGUGUGUGUAAGUGUGUGCAGGGGCUGGCAGGGGUUUGCAGGGGAGAGGAGGUGUCAGACCCCCCAGCCGUGCUCCACCCCAUCCCCUCGCCCCCUGCACCCAUGGCCCCUGUGCCUUCCCCACAACUCCUGUGCCCCCCACAACAGCCCCGCAGGGUACCGGCCUCUGGCUGCCCUGAGCCGCUGUGCCAAGCCCUGCCCGGGCUGGGGAGCAUAGGCAGCACCGACAGCCCCUCCGUGCCAUGGGGCACCGUGUGAGGCACCAGAGGAUAGGAGGGCUGGGAUGGGAGAGCUGCACCUGGGAAUGGAUGGGAUGUGGGGUCCUUGAGGGCUGGCGUGGGUGCCAUGGCCGGGGUGGGUGGGUGGAUGUGCAGUAGUGGUGGCAUCACGUUUCUUUUGUUUCCCAUUUCUCGGUAGCUGGGGUGACAGCCGGCUGGGCUGGCCAUCGAUGGGGUUGCUGGUGCUAACUGGUGCUAACUGGAAGCCUUGGAAACCCUUUAGGAGGAGGUUGCAGAGCAUGGCUGGGGCUGGGCAGGGGGCUGGGCCCCCCAGCACCUGCACCCCUCCUUCACCGCCAUCACGGGCAGACCCCGGUAGUGGGGGCUGUUCAUGCUGGGGAAGCCCCAGGCAUGGGGUGGCUCUGUGGGGGGGUCUCUUUUCCUCAGGGAAGGUGGGGGGCAGUAGCCAGGGGGGCCAGGGGCUCAUCCCUGUGGGUGUUGAGCAGCAUCGCUGCAGCCUCUGUGCAGUGCCCAGGUGGUGGCAGCUCCUUGCUGGGUCCCACUCCAGCAGAGAUGGGGAUGAGCCAGCAUGGGGCAGUGCUUCUGGGCUCCCCCUGCCCCAGCCCCUCUCCCUGUCCCCUGCAGGACAGAGACACCGUUCAGGGUGACCUGGACCCCCCAUGCCCUUCACCCCGGGGUUUGUGUGGGGACCCCAGGGCCGCACCGGUGGGACAGAGGGACACUUUUCUAUGCACUCAAGCCACGGUACCCUCAGCCCUGGGCUGCUCUGGGCAGGGCAUUCUGGCCAUGCCUGGGGCUUAGGGGGAGCCCCUGGAUCCCGCUGCUGCCCUGGGGCUCGGCCAGGCUGCCCCCUUGCCCUCCCCCAGCCUGUGCCACAGGGGCAGCCAAACCCAGCGCCACCAGGAUGGCAGCACUGGCCCACCAGGACCGCAGCAAGGGGGGCAUGACUGGGGGCCAAGCAGCUACAGGACGGGCGCAGCUCCAGGGCUGCUCCAGCUUCAGGGAGUGAGGGAAGUUUGUUCUGGCAGGGGCUGCCGCGGGGUCUCAGCCACAUCCCUGGCCCCCCUCCGGCGCUGGGACCCGGCGGCUGCUGUCAUGUACUGUAAAUACUCUGUGUGCCACCUUCUUCUCUGGGACCCUCGGCACGGGCGGGGGUGAGCGGGAGGCCGGGGUCCGUCCCGAGACUUUUUUGUAUACCACAAACUUUUUGUAUAUUUUUAAUUUUGCUGCAACAUGAGAUAUUAAAUUCAUUUCAAUAA